AAUUUUGAUUAUUUUUAAUUUCUAAUUCUAUUUUCUAAUUCAAUUGUUUCUAAAAUAUAUUUUUUAGAGCAAUUUUAGGUUCCCAGCAAAAUUUAGUAGUACAGAGAUUUUCUGUAUAGCUCCUUCUCCGUUAUCAACAUUCCCCACCAAAGUGGGAGUUACAUUAUCACCCAACAUCCAUAGUUUAUAUUUAGUUAAUGCAUGUACAUUGUGUGGAUUUAGACAAGUAUUAUACAGUGGCAUGUACUCACCAUCACAGGAACAUAAGGAGGACUUUCACUACCCUAAAAAUCCUCUGUGCUCCACCUAGAUUUGUAUUCUUUUCACUUCUGUCACUUGUUGUUUCACGUUUUGUAGCUGGUUUUAAGUGCAUACAAGAUUCUCAAACCAUCCCUGUAAAUUGACAUUUUUAUAAUGUAACCUCCCUGUCGCUCAGGCUGGAGUACAUACACUAUGAUAAAAAGAGUGCAUACAGUAUGAUUCUACAGAUCUACAGUGAGAGGGCAGCUCGCCGGCUGCCCAGAGUGCGUGUUUCGUAGUCGCGGCAGGGUAAAAGGCCUGAUUGGGAUGAGGCUGGAAAGACGGUCACGAGGUCGACUUUUUCAGCUCAUUUGGUGAUUGCUGCAUCCCCCAUACCACCUCACUUUCCCAGAUAUGUUUGUUCUUCUGAAGACAUUUCCAUGAGCCAGUUCCACCGCAAACUUCCCAGAAAGCGUUAGUUCUGCUGUACGGACACCGAACUUCCCCUAAGAUGGCCCCGCCCACGGUGCUCUCGCCUAACAGCGCGGUUACUUGAAACGCAUCGUUUUUUUUUUAGUCCCGCUUGCUUCAGUUUUUAUACGGCCUCUAAAACGCUUCGCAUUUAGAACAGUGAUUGAGGUGGCAGAGGUGACUUUAAUUUUCCACUGAGCUGAGACGUCACAGUCGUCAUGACCGCUAAGAACGGAUGCCGCUCCUUUGUGUAAUGGGCUCCGGCCUUUGAGAAGUUUGCGCCGUUCCCUGUCCCCUUCAAUGAGAAGACCAACUUAUUCUGUUUCCUGUCCGUUCAGGGGACUUUACCCCCACGCCAUUUCUGCCUGUGUGAACUCAACCCUCUAAUAACCUCCAUUUUCUGCCAGGGAUGAGGUGUCUGGAAAUCGGACAGUUGUAGGGCACUCUGCCCACCGCGUCUCGCGGAUGCUGUUCCUUCUGUACGUCACGUACUCAAAGAUGGCCGCCCGCAGAGCAGCGAAGCGAAGGCGGCGCGGGCGAGUCUCCUCCUGAGGAAAAACCGGAAGCCUCCAUUCCGCUUUCCGGGGAAACGCGGUGGACCCUCUCCGGAGGUUUAUGCGGGAGGGAGCUGGGCUAGGGGCCCAGAAGUGGAAGAAGUUUAGGGAAGUUCAGCCUUUAAGAGGUCGCGGCGAUUCCAAGGACAGUCAGUCAAUAGGUCCUGGCUACCCUGGGAAGAGACAAGAAAUGAAUGAAGAAAGAGGAAGAUUCCAGGACCUAGAUAUGAUUUCUGUGAAUACGCUUCACUGGUAGUGACCGGGGUUUCUAACUAGAAAUUUAAGGCAGAUCCAGAGGAGACAAAGACAGAGUAUCCCAGUGCUGGCCAUUUCCGACAACAGAAGAAAAUGCUCAAUGCCCAGGAAUCGCUGACACUGGAGGAUGUUACUGUGGAGUUCACCUGGGAGGAGUGGCAGCUCCUGGACCCUUUUCAGAAGGACUUGUAUCGGGAUGUGAUGUUGGAGAUCUACAGCAACCUGGUAUCAGUGGGUUUUCAAGUCAGCAAACCAGAUGCACUCUCCAAGUUGGGACAAGGAGAACCAUGGAUAAUAGAAGAUGAAAGGCAUAGUCGAAUCUGUCCAGAAAAUAACAAAGUUGAUGAACAUCUUCAGGAUCACUUGGAAAAUCAAAGGAUGCUGAAGAGUGUGAAACACCACCAUAAACAUAAUGCAUUUGGAAAUACUGCCUCUCAAACCAAAAGCCAUUGUCUUUUCAGGGAAAAUCAUGAUACAUUUGAGUUGUAUAUAAAAACUUUGAAAUCAAAUUUAAGUUUAGUCAACCAGAACAAAAGCUGUGAAAUUAAGAACUCUAAUAAAUUUAAUGGAGAUGGGAAAUCAUUUCUUCAGGGUAAGUAUGAAGAGCUUCAUUCUGCAGCUAAAUUCUCUGUAAGUACAAAAUCCAAUAGCAUCAAAUCCCAAGUCAGUAAGCAUCAAAGAACUCAAGAAAUAGAGAAAAACCACAUAUGCAGUGAAUGUGGGAAAGCAUUUGUCAAGAAGUCUCAGCUCACUGAUCAUGAGAGAGUUCAUACUGGAGAAAAACCUUACGGAUGUACUUUGUGUGCAAAAGUGUUCUCCAGAAAGUCCAGGCUAAAUGAACAUCAAAGAAUUCAUAAAAGAGAGAAAUCUUUUAUAUGCAGUGAAUGUGGAAAAGUCUUCACUAUGAAGAGUCGUCUGAUUGAACAUCAGCGAACUCAUACUGGAGAGAAGCCCUAUGUAUGCAAUGAAUGUGGAAAAGGCUUCCCAGGCAAACGUAAUCUGAUUGUACAUCAGCGAAAUCAUACUGGAGAGAAAUCCUAUGUAUGUAGUGAAUGUGGAAAAGGCUUCACUGGGAAGAGCAUGCUUAUCAUACAUCAACGAACUCAUACAGGAGAGAAACCCUACAUUUGUAGUGAAUGUGGGAAAGGCUUUACCACAAAGCACUAUGUCAUCAUACAUCAGCGAAAUCAUACAGGAGAGAAACCGUAUAUAUGCAAUGAAUGUGGGAAAGGCUUCACCAUGAAGAGCCGUAUGAUUGAACAUCAACGAACUCAUACAGGAGAGAAACCCUAUGUAUGCAAUGAAUGUGGAAAAGCCUUUCCCAGGAAGAGUAAUCUCAUUGUACAUCAGAGAAAUCAUACAGUAGAGAAAUCAUAUCUAUGUAGUGAAUGUGGAAAAGGUUUUACUGUGAAAAGCAUGCUCAUAAUACAUCAGCGAACUCAUACUGGAGAGAAGCCCUACAUAUGCAGUGAAUGUGGGAAAGGCUUCCCCUUGAAGAGUCGGCUGAUUGUACAUCAGCGAACUCAUACUGGAGAGAAACCUUACAGGUGCAGUGAAUGUGGGAAAGGUUUCAUUGUGAAUAGUGGACUGAUGUUACAUCAGCGAACUCAUACUGGAGAGAAACCCUACAUAUGCAGUGAAUGUGGAAAAGGUUUUGCCUUUAAGAGCAAUCUUGUUGUACACCAGCGAACUCAUACUGGAGAGAAACCCUUUUUGUGCAGUGAAUGUGGAAAAGGCUUCACCAUGAAACGCUAUCUCAUUGUACAUCAGCAAAUUCAUACAGGAGAGAAGUCUUGUAUAUGUAGUGAAUGUGGAAAAGGCUUUGCCAUGGAAACUGAGCUUGCUUUACAUAAGCAAGUUCAUACUGGAGAAAAACCUUAUGGAUGCAAUGAAUGUGGUAAAGGCUUUACUGUGAAGAGCCGUCUAAUUGUUCAUCAACGAACUCAUACAGGAGAGAAACCUUUUGUAUGCAGUGAAUGUAAAAAAGCCUUCUCCUCAAAGAGAAAUCUCAUUGUACAUCAGCGAACUCAUAAUGGAAACAAACCCUAACAAUGCAAUGGACAUGGUUAUGCCUUUGGGAAGCAAAUAUGUCUUGUACAACAUCAGAGAUUUCACAGUAUAGAUUUUCUUUAUGUGUACCGAGUAUGAAAAAUCAUAUUUCAAAAUCCAGUGUUAUCUACUAGAUGAAUGCUAUCAAUGUCAGAAAGCCUUCAUCAUGAAUUCAGGCUCUGAAUUCUUUGAUGUACCAGUGUAUAUAAAAUAACUCAUCUGAGAGAGAUUCUGUGGAUUGGGGGUAACCUUUCAUUUGUCAGUCUUCACUACAAUUAUAAAAAUGUGCACAUGAGAAAUGUAUAAGGUAAAUAGUCCUUUUGCAGAGAAUCUGAACUGAUUACAUACAAGUAAACUCAUGCAGAGGGAAAACCAUGUUAGUAAUGUGAACAUAUUAAACAUCAGUGUGUUCCUAGCAUACAUACAUGUAGGCAGUGUAGAGCAGCCUGUUGCCAGAUUUUCACCCUUGGAAGAUUAUGCAAUUUGCAGGAGUGAAUUUUAAUGAAUGCAGAGAAUGCACUAGUGCCUUAAGUGAUUAAUUACCUCAUAUUGUUUGUCACAAUAACGAAGGAAAUAAACUUGACAUAUCCAAUGCA